AUGAGUAAACUCUCCUUCCCAGCGCGGGCUCUGACCGCCGCCAAACCGCUGCCUAUCUACCGCGGCAAGGACAUGCCUGAACUCAACGACUGCGUCUCCAUCAACCGGGCCGUGCCCCAGAUGCCCACUGGGAUGGAGAAGGAGGAGGAAUCGGAACAUCAUUUACAGCGAGCUAUUUCAGCACAGCAAGUGUUUAGAGAGAAAAAAGAGAGCAUGGUCAUUCCCGUUCCUGAGGCAGAGAGCAACGUCAACUAUUACAAUCGCUUGUACAAAGGAGAGUUUAAACAGCCCAAACAGUUCAUUCAUAUUCAGCCUUUUAAUCUAGACAACGAGCAACCAGAUUAUGAUAUGGAUUCAGAAGAUGAGACCUUAUUAAAUAGACUUAACAGAAAGAUGGAAAUUAAGCCUUUGCAAUUUGAAAUUAUGACUGACAGACUUGAAAAAGCCAGUUCUAAUCAGCUUGUAACACUUCAAGAAGCAAAACUGCUGCUAAACGAAGAUGAUUAUCUUAUUAAAGCUGUAUAUGACUACUGGGUGAGAAAACGUAAAAACUACAGGGGGCCAUCCCUCAUUCCUCAAAUAAAACGAGAGAAAAAAGAUGGCUUUACCAACAAUGACCCUUAUGUUGCCUUUCGGAGAAGAACAGAGAAAAUGCAAACUCGAAAGAAUCGUAAGAAUGAUGAAGCCUCUUAUGAAAAGAUGUUGAAACUGAGACGAGAGUUUAGUAGAGCCAUAACAAUUUUGGAAAUGAUUAAGAGAAGGGAGAAAACAAAACGAGAAUUAUUGCACUUAACCUUAGAAGUUGUGGAAAAAAGAUAUCAUUUGGGAGACUAUGGAGGUGAAAUCUUUAAUGAAGUGAAAAUCAGUAGAUCAGAAAAAGAGUUGUAUGCCACUCCAGCAACUCUUCACAAUGGAAAUCAUCACAAAGUCCAAGAAUGUAAAACUAAGCACCCUCAUCAUUUGUCUUUGAAAGAAGAGGCUUCUGAUGUUGUUCGUCAAAAGAAGAAGUACCCAAAGAAGCCUAAAGCAGAGGCUUUGAUAACAUCUCAGCAGCCCACUCCUGAGACAUUGCCUGUGAUCAAUAAGAGUGACAUUAAGCAAUAUGACUUUCACAGCUCAGAUGAAGAUGAAUUUCCACAGGUACCAUCCCCAGUAUCAGAACCUGAAGAAGAAAAUGAUCCUGAUGGUCCCUGUGCUUUCAGAAGGAGGGCAGGAUGCCAGUAUUAUGCUCCUCGUUUGGACCAAGCUGACCAUACAUGUGAGAAUUCAGAAUUGGCAGAUUUGGAUAAGUUGAGGUAUAGGCAUUGCCUUACAACACUUACAGUCCCAAGAAGAUGUAUAGGAUUUGCAAGGAGGCGAAUUGGCAGAGGUGGAAGAGUCAUAAUGGACCGAAUAUCCACAGAACAUGACCCAGUCCUGAAACAGAUAGACCCUGAAAUGCUGAAUAGUGUUUCAAGCUCUUCCCAAACUAUAGACUUUUCUUCUAAUUUCUCUCAGACCAAUGCUUCCAGUAAACCUUGUGAAAAUAGACUGUCCCUUUCUGAAAUAUUAAGCAAUAUCAGAUCUUGUCGACUACAGUGUUUCCAGCCAAGGCUACUAAAUUUACAGGACAGUGAUAGUGAAGAAUGUACCUCCAGAAAACCAGGGCAGACUGUGAACAAUAAAAGAGUUUCUGCAACAUCUGUAGCUUUAUUGAACACCAGCAAGAAUGGCAUAUCAGUAACAGGAGUCACAGAAGAGCAGUUUCAGACACAUCAACAGCAGUUAGUUCAAAUGCAAAGACAGCAACUUGCUCAGCUUCAGCAGAAGCAGCAAUCUCAGCAUUCCUCACAACAGACACAUCCAAAAGCACAGGGCUCAAGCACCUCUGACUGCAUGUCUAAAACACUCGACUCAGCCAGCGCCCACUUUGCUGCAUCUGCAGUGGUCAGUGCACCUGUUCCAGGUCGCAGUGAAGUAGUCAAGGAACAGAACACAGGCCACAGCAACAUAAAUGGUGUCAUCCAACCUUCAGGAACCUCUAAAACAUUAUACUCCACCAAUAUGGCUUUAUCAUCCAGCCCAGGGAUUUCAGCUGUACAACUUGUAAGGACAGUUGGCCACACUACUACAAACCACUUAAUCCCAGCAUUGUGCACAAGCAGCCCUCAAACACUUCCCAUGAACAAUUCCUGCCUGACAAAUGCAGUGCACCUCAAUAAUGUCAGUGUUGUUUCUCCAGUCAAUGUGCAUAUCAAUAUGGACUCAGCACCAUCGCCAACAGCCUUAAAACUUGCCACAGUUGCUGCCAGUAUGGACAGAGUGCCAAAGGUUACUCCCAGUAGUGCCAUCAGCAGCAUAGCAAGAGAGAACCAUGAACCAGAAAGAUUGGGUUUAAAUGGAAUAGCAGAGACAACAGUAGCUAUGGAAGUCACAUAACAUAAAACAUGUGGCUUUUCCUGUGUGGAUGAUGUGCAGUCAUUCGUAUUCCAGCUGAAUGCAAAAGGCGACACCUUGUGGAUCACAGAGUGUAACAAUGGACCUAAAUGGACUACAGUAUAUCAGAUGUUAAAUCGAUAUAUGAUGUAUAUUUUGUAAAAUUGGGAAAAUCACUACCUUGUAAAAUAGUUUAUUUGUAUCAUCAAUAUUAUUUCUGUUACUUGAAUAGUAGAUAUUCAUCAUCGUGCUUUUGCACUUGAAUUUGCAACUGAAUGGAUUUUAAAAAUAAUUCUUUAAUGGGAUCAUGAGCAUGAAAUGGGAUCCUGCAUCACUUGUUUUAACUAUUAUUUUGCCAUGUUUACAUUUUGUAUCUUGUAAAAUAAAUCCAACUUUGUGUCUAAAAAGUUAAAGAUUCAUAGCUAGGAAAUGAAAUUCUUGUAAUUUUUUUCUAAAGGAACUGUAAAGUUUUCACUUGGUUCAUUUUGUUUCACAAUUUGACUAGAUGGACUUUUUGGUAAAUACUUUAGUGGCAUUUCACUGUCAAAUAUGAAGUUCAAGGCAAAAUAGUAUUUUCUAUUACUGUGCAGGGGAAAGGGAUGGAUCGAUACAUGCAAAUUUAAUGUAGUAACUCACUUUUCCAUAUAUUUUGAAUGUAUAUUUCUAUUUAUAAUACCAGUUUAUAAAAAAUAAUUACACAGAAAAAAUGGACUAGGAAAAAUUAUGCAUCUAGCACAUUUAAACUGUGCAAACAUGAAAAUUUUUUAAGGAUUAUAUUUUAUCUGAAGGCUGCAUAUUUUAACUGGCUUUAAAACUGUAACACACCACAUAAAAGAUAUUUACCAGGUAUGUAUUGCAUUAUAUCAUUGCAAUAAAUAUUGGAAGUCUAGAUAUUGAGCCAUCCCAGGUAUUGGGAGGGGGGGAGGGUUGUGGCAAGAUUGUCUUUUCAAUUUUGGAGAGUUUUCCUGUGGCUACAAGGCAAGUAACGGGUUGGAAAAAGUCUGACUGUAAGCGUUGGACACCUUCAUAGUGUAGUGUUUUAAUGACUUUUUUUAAAUGGUUCUUGUAAAUUAGAUACAUGUAGUGGUGUUUCAGAAUGUUUGUUUAUGCACUAGUUCAGACAACUUUCCCUGUUACUUGUUCUUGAUAAGUGAAAACUGCAGGGAAAUAAAAAAUACAUA